CAUCCUUCGAAAGCUCUUGAAGAUCGUAACGUUAAAAGUCCGUCAUGUACGCUUGCUGUAAGAGCCGCGAGUGUCUCCGAUGAUAAAUAUUAACAUACUUUAUUGCCGGAUAUGUGGAUGGUGUUUGGCCGUGACGUCUCUGGCGGAAGCCCUCUGUGAUAAACUGAUUCCAGACCAGCUAACUGAGUUAGCUUUGACGUUCCCCGGGAGUCUUGAAUUUUCUACUUGAACUGUCAAUGUAAACAAAGAGCUGGACACGAAAUACAGAUCACUGAAGGAAGAAGGAAACAUUAUGGAGUAAAAAUCAUGGAGUCCCUGGUUGGUGAAUUUCUGUCUCCUGAGUCAACGGUGACCUCCCUGCUGUCGAGCUCAGGUCACCUGAGGAGCAGCCUGCUGACUCCGAAACACAACACCACCUUCAGAUACAGACACAAGGACUAUGACUCCGCCUCGGCGGCGCUGGAUGCCUACAUUGCAGACUUUGAGAGGAGUCGUCCGAACAGCGAGUCGUUAACAGGAGGGCUGGUUCUGCCGCACGGUCUUCCUUCCACUCCAAGCAGACCCCGAGUGAGCACACUCAGAAACAAAGAUGUUCUCAGGGAGCGUUUGACGGACAGGGAGCUGGACUUCCUGAACCUCCCCGUCAGCUCCCUUCAUCACCGCAGCAACCGAGACAGACUCUCCAUGACAACAGACGAGCUGCUGUCUAUCCCCUACGACGGCUCGAUGCCUAUCACUCACACAUCCGCCUUCAUCCAAGGCCUCCUGUCUCAGUCUGGAGCCUCCCAGCGCUGCACCUCCUCAUCUAGACCAGCACCCAGAACCUGGGACAGACUCAGCAGCAGCCUUCCUGCCCCCCGACUGAACCACCACCACUCUCAUCCAACCAGGACGCACAGGAGCUCCCGGUUCAUGCUGUUUGCUCUUCUUUGUCUCAUGAUCUUUGCUCUAUUCUUUAGAAAGUCUACAUCAUAUUUUACAUUUUAUGACUAUCUCUUCUUCUCCAGGUGCAGAGAAAGACCCGAGGCAGCCGUGUUGAAUCCAGAUAUUGACAUCCCCUCAGUCAGCUGCUACAGGCAGUCUGCACACAGAGCAGCAGGGUCAGAGUGGGCCGAGCCGUCUUCGUCCCUCCACCUCCCUCACUGGCUCACCAGUAACAAGACUGACAUGGACUGUUCUGGAAUCACCAGCGUGCCGGACCUGAAGUACCCAGCCUGGAUACAACGCUGUGAUCUCAGCCAGCUGCCGCUGCCAGCAGAGUCUGAGCUGUGGGAUGACCACGCUCCCAGACACAGAGCUCCGUCCUGGGUGGCAGAGCUGGAGGACGAUGAUCCUGACCAAACCCCUUCACAGGUUGACAGCUGGCAGACUGUCAGAGAUCUGAGGCUUCAGUUUGCUGAACAGAUUUCUCUCCUCGCUGCAGAGAGGAACAGCUCUGACGUCAUGGAAACUCCGCUCAGAGACAACAGGAUUGAGUCUCUGAUCCAGAAGGCGGAUCAGGUGUUGAACCGUCUGUCUCAAAGUUAUGGAGGAGCAGACAGUGCUGCACCUUCAGCAGUAACAUUUUCUGAAAAGCUGCUUGUUGCUGAAGAAGCUGUCAGUCCAGUGAGCACUGAGGAGCUGCUGCGCUGCUCUUCCUCUCACUGUUGUCCAUUCUUUAGGGACUCAGCAGCAGCGGCCACAGGUGGGGGGGCCACAGAGACCCUCACUGACAGAAGAGCUCAGGCUUGGAGAUCAGAUGGAGACGGAGUCCUUAAGCAGCCUGGUCCAGUGGAGGCUCUGAAACAGAUGCUGUUCAGACUGCAGGCGGUGGAGGCAGAGAUACAGAGACGACAGCAGGCAUCAGCAGCUCCAAAACUUGACGGGCUGCAGACAGAGGAGGCUGCAGUCGCACAGAGGCCUGAGGGUGAGGCAGAGCUGGAGAGUUUUCCUGCUGGACCGUCACUACAGAGAGCUCUGCAUCACCUGAGCCGUCUGAAGGUGCUGGUGGAAGAACCUAAAGAGAAACACAAAGAGGAAGAAGAGGAGAAGGACGAAGACGAAGGACGCUACUCCUCCUCUUCUACUGACGGACUUACCUGCGCUCAGCAGAAACCCUCUUGAAGCUAAAGGCCUGUUAACCAGAGCAAAGAGACAUCCUGUCAGCGCUGCCAUCGGUCAGUGUCCUCACUGUCCCCUUGUUUCUGUUUCCUGUCACAUCCAGCAGAAACAGAAAACAGCUCGGGUUGAAGUCUACUCUAGAGCUAUAUUUUAGAUGAAAAGGUGCAAUUCGUCUAAACACCAACAGAGAAGUGUGUGUUGAAGUCGUGAAGUGUUCCAUUGAAGGAAGCUGUGAAACUGAACACAGUUUUUAUCCACCAGAUGAGAGACCGAAAUCAGCUUUUUGAAACCUGAGCAAAUUGGCUUGAAUCAUUUCAAAAACAAGGGUUAGAGCAGUAGAGCAGUAUCCUAAGUUUCAAACGGUACCCAGCUCUCCUAAGUGCUGGCAUGCAAAUGAGCUAUAAUUAGCACAAUACUAUUUAGCAUUAAGCCCAAAGCAGUGUUGGAAGCCAGUUCAGAUAAAUCUUACAAAGUCCAGUUUAGCCUGAUGGAUGUUGAACCCAGCGUUACAAUGGAGUCUGAGAGCUGCUAAACGCUGACUGUGCAGAGGAUUAGGCUGCGUUCACAUUGUGGGGGACUUUCUAAUUUGUAGUCAGAUUUUUUUGAAAGCUUAGUUAUGUAUAAUUUGGAGCUUAAUAACACAGAAAAAGUGCCUGGAAAAAACUAACACGGGCGCCUCAUGUCAGCCAAAAUCUGUGGUUCAAAAUUAGUACACCUAAAAAGAAUAGGCUGAAUUGAAUAUGGCAGUAUUGUUAGUGCUCUUUUUUACUGUUGUAUAAUUUACAGUCAGUAAACAUGUGAAUCUUUUCCAUCUCUACCAUCCAUCCAAUAGGAUGCGAACGCAGCAUAAACGCUCUUUUAGCUCCAUCCUCUGGACAAACCUCAACAUGACAACAUCUCACAUUUGUUUGCUUACAGACUUUCAGUUUUGUCCUUCUUCAUAAAUUUACUUCAUAUGCUUGGAGGGAAAACAUAAAAUCACAUUUUUUGAUCCAGCAGUAUUUUUAUUCACUCUUUGUCUUUCAGCUGAUGAAGACAGACUGUCAAUGUUUUCUCUCUUUCCUCAUAGUGGGAACCAUUCAAGUGCCAACUCAGCGUUCAUGCAGACAGCUGAGCAGAACAUGAACAGAUAUUUAUUUUGUAACAGAUCUGUGUUCAAUUAUUAACACAAUGUGUUUGUUUCUAUGUAGCAGUUUUGUGUCCAGCUGCUCUGAGAUGAUUUGUCCUCAAACAGUUCAUAUUAAAACAGCUCUUUAGUUUAUACCUU